AUGAGCGUGGCAACCCAAAACCCGGCGGGAGUGCCCGUCCCUCCUGCCCAUGAACAUCAACCACAGCCACAUGCCGCGUCGAAAUCGAUACAAUUGCCGCCAUCACCACCAGAGACCGUGAACGGUGACGACACCAAGUCUACCACGUCGACAUCAGAAGCAGACUUUCCGCUUCCACCACCAGCGAAUACUCCACCACAAGUUCUGGACGUUGAUAAACCCACCCCGGACGCGCAUGUACCAAGAGACCCCAGACUAAUCCGGCUAACGGGUGUUCAUCCUUUCAAUACGGAAGCACCGUUAACGGACUUGUUCAACGAGGGUUUCUUGACUAGCCCAGAGUUGUUCUAUGUGCGAAACCAUGGCCCAGUGCCUGAUGUACAGGAUGCAGAGUGUCUUGAUUGGGAGUUCUCGGUUGAAGGUCUAGUAGCCAACCCUCUCAAGAUCACGUUGCGACAGUUGCUUGAAGAAUACGAAAACGUCACAUAUCCCGUAACUCUGGUCUGCGCCGGUAAUAGGCGGAAAGAGCAAAACGUCGUGAGGAAGAGCAAAGGAUUUUCUUGGGGCCCAGCCGGCGUUUCAACAGCGCUAUUCACUGGUGUAGUCAUGAAAGACAUCAUCGAGCGAGCGAAGCCUCUACGGAAAGCGAAGUACGUGUGCAUGGAAGGUGCUGACAAACUUCCCAACGGAUACUACGGCACAUCAGUGAAACUCAACUGGGUCAUGGACCCAAACCGGGGCAUCAUGUUGGCGCACAAGAUGAAUGGCGAAAUGCUGAGGCCCGAUCACGGCAAGCCUUUAAGAGCCGUGAUACCGGGACAGAUCGGUGGCCGAAGCGUGAAGUGGUUGAAGAAGUUGAUCGUUACGGCUGAGCCAAGCGACAACUGGUACCACAUUUACGACAACCGAGUGCUACCUACCACUGUCGACCCAGAUGAGGCAGCCAAGAACGCGAAAUGGUGGAUGGACGAUCGCUACGCCAUCUAUGAUCUCUCACCCAACUCGGCUAUUGCAUGUCCCGCCCACGAAGAGAAGCUGGCCUUAUCUUCAAGUCCCGAAUCGUACAACGUCCGGGGUUACGCCUACAGUGGUGGUGGACGACGUGUGACAAGAUGCGAACUAUCGCUCGACAAGGGAAAGACAUGGCGACUUGCGAAGAUCGAUUACGCAGAAGACAAGUACCGGGCCUUUGAAGACCGACAACUAUACGGCGCAAGAUUGGACAUGGACUGGCGCGAAACGAGCUUCUGCUGGUGCUUCUGGAAUCUGGAGAUUAGCACUGCCGAGCUGAAAGAGGCGGAUGAUAUCGUGGUGCGGGUGAUGGACGAAGCGAUGUGCGUUCAGCCAAGAGAUAUGUACUGGAGUGUGUUGGGCAUGAUGAACAACCCAUGGUUCCGCAUAGUUAUUCACAAGGAAGACGACGUACUCCGAUUUGAGCAUCCGACGCAACCCGCGUUGAUGCCUGGUGGCUGGAUGGAGCGUGUCAAGAAGGCUGGUGGAAAUCUCACGAACGGAUACUGGGGCGAGAAGAUAGGAGGUGAAGAGCCAGAACAUGCUGCCAUCGAGGAGGUGAAAGAGAUCAAAAUGACGAAAGAUGGGGUUGACAAGGUCAUCGAGAUCGAUGAGCUGCGGCAACACGACAAGGCUGAGAACCCAUGGUUCGUGGUCAACAGCGAAGUUUACGAUGGCACUGCUUUCCUGGAAGGCCACCCGGGCGGUGCGCAGAGCAUCAUAAGCGCAGCGGCCCAGGACGCUACAGAUGAGUUCAUGGCGAUUCACAGCGAAACAGCCAAAGCUAUGAUGCCAGACUACCACAUCGGCACCCUCUCAGAAGCCUCCCGCAAACUCCUUUCAGAACCCGAACACAUCCCCGAAUCCACCACCCCUCGCCCCAUCUUCCUCGACUCCCGCAACUGGCGCAAAACACUCCUCCAUUCCAAGACAAAAGUCUCCUGGGACACACGCAUCUUCCGCUUCAAGCUCGACCAUCCGGAUCAAGCGCUCGGCCUACCCACCGGCCAACACCUCAUGAUCCGUCUCCGCGAUCCCGUCACUCGCGAAGCCAUAAUUCGGUCCUACACACCCAUAAGCCAAACCACGCAAACCGGCUACUGCGACGUCCUCAUCAAAGUCUACGCCGACACACCCCACCGCGCCGGCGGCAAAAUGACAAAAGCCCUCGACUCCAUCCCCACAGGCCACUGGGUCGAUUUCAAAGGCCCCAUCGGCAAAUUCGAGUACCUAGGCCGCGGUCUCUGUGCCGUCAACGGCAAGGAGCGGAGAGUGAAGCGUUUCUUCAUGAUCUGCGGCGGCAGUGGCAUCACGCCCAUCUUCCAGGUCUUACGCGCUGUCAUGCAGGACAGAGAGGAUGAGACGCAUUGCACUGUUCUCAACGGCAACCGGCUGGUAGAAGAUAUACUGUGCAGAGAGGAUUUGGAUGCUUUUGCCAAGGACAACACGGAGAGGUGUAAGUUGUUGUAUACGUUGACUCAAGGACCGGAGGAUUGGCAGGGGUUGAGGGGCCGGAUUGGCAAGGAGUUGUUGGGUGAGCAUUGUGUUAGGGAUGGAGGGGAGAGUUUGGUGCUGAUUUGUGGACCGGAGGCGCUGGAGAAGGCGGCGCAUGAGGCGUUGAAUGAGCAGGGUUGGAAGGACGAGGAGUUGAUGUUCUUCUAG